AUUGGUUUUAUGUCCAUCACAAUAUCAACAACAACAACAACUGUAGCUAAACAACAGUGUUUAUUCUUGCACUUGCAGCGCACUUCCGGCAACAACAGCUGGAUGCACACCGACAAUUAGUGGAGACGCACCGCAAGAGCGAAUAUUAUUGUUGCCGCAUUAAAUUCAAUUCAAUUCCGUGGAUUAUAAUCUGUGUUAAGUGAGCGACUGCGGCCAAAUGGACGGCGCGCCGUCCAAACAAACGAAAAACAAUUAAAAGCCGGAAAUUGAGUUGUAAACUGAAAGCGAACGAAACCAAACGGAGCAAAAAAUGUGAAAAUCCGAAAAGUGCAAAUCAAAAGCAAAUUUUCAGUGCAGCCCAACGCUCGACGCUCGACUCUCGAGUCAGAGUCGCGAGAGCCAAAUAACAAUUUCGAAAUUAUCCGGCCGCUUAUUGGGGGCCAACAGCAACUCGAGUGGCGGCAGCCGCUGCGGCUGACGGACGGACGAGCUAACCCGCCGAACAUUCAAAGCGAUUUGCUCCCUCAACGCGCAUUAAUAAUUCGCAUAUUCCCCAAUCGCUAACUGUAAACAGUCUCUGUGCGCAGCGUGUGAAGUUGAAGUGUUUAUUGAAUGAGCGGCAAAUGUUGCCUGUCUGCGAGUGAAAGAUACGGCCCGACCCCGAUCAUGUUGCUGCUGCGCCAAAUGCCCAACGGCCUGUCAGCCACUGCAAGCCAAAUGACAGAGCAGCCCAUGGACGCAAUCAUGGGACACGGAGCUAGACAGUCGCGACAGCGACGCCACAGCGGGUGGACCGCCCAGGCGAGAAGCGGCUUGAUCUGGCAUGCCGUGGUAUUGAUCCUCGCCCUCUCAACAAUGGAGCUGGUCGAGUGUGCGCUGCGAAAUGUCAAUUUAAUCAUUGAACCACCGGCGGUGCGGCAGGGCCAGCAUGUGGUGCUGCGCUGCAUGUACGAUCUGGAGGGGGCGCCGCUCUACUCGGCCAAGUUUUAUCGCGGUCAAUUGGAGUUCUAUCGCUAUACGCCCGGCGAGUUCCCCAAUACAAAAGUGUUUCCAUUUCCGGGCAUACACGUCGAUGUAACGAGCUCGAAUGCCACUCAAGUACUCAUACGCAACGUGGGCUUCGGUCUUUCCGGCAACUUCUCCUGCGAGGUGACCGCCGAUGCGCCGCUCUUCUCCACAGCCACUGCACUGGCCGUCCUGCAGGUUGUAGAACUGCCCGACAAACGUCCUCAACUGUAUACGGAACACACGCGAUAUGAGCCCGGCGACGUGCUACGCGCCAACUGCAGCACGCCGCCAUCUCGUCCACGUGCGGAGCUAAAGUUCACGAUUAACAAUAUGGUGAUAACGAAUGCCGAGACCCAGUUUAUUCGCACAAUUGAUAAUCUGAUUGCAUCACGCAUCUCGCUCAAGCUGCAGCUGCAGGGCGUGCACUUCUCGAGCGUUAAUCCGGGGAUUUACAGCAGCUCAUACGGCGUGAACUCUGUGUACGGCCAUGGCGGAUCCAUGUAUAUGCCGCCCAGUCCGGGCAGCUUGGUGCUGCGCUGCACCGCACAGAUUGGCGACCUGUAUCAGGAGUAUAAGGAAAUUGAAUUGGGCACCCCACAGAAGGAUCCGGUCCCGGCACGUGUUACGCUCUCAUCCGGCUCGAGCGUGAAAAACUUCUUCUCCACGUAUUUCUCGACAUCGGCGGCAUCCCGACGCGUCGGCGGCAUCCAGUUGGCGCCCAUUACAAUGACGAUGAUAGCGCUGCUUGUCAGUGGCGGCGCCCUGGUCGGCCGCACGAUCCGCGAGCUGGUGGCCCAGCUCGUGCCAGUGGACGCCCGACCCGCCAUCAUGCAUUCCAGGUCCAGUGAGGGGCGUCUGUCCACGCUGCCCCGCCUCCAAGGCGCCACUGCAGCGGCUGGCCUGGCCAGCUCGGGGCUAAUUAGCUCGGGGGCUAGCCGCGGGCAGCAGCUGGAGCUAUUUGUGUGUGUUACAAAUUAGUUGAAUUGUUAAGUAAUUAAAUUAUAAAUUAUAUUUUAUAUGCGGUUGAAUUAAAUAAGUAUGUGCGUGCAGUCGACGCUCAGUUGGUUUAAUUAAGGCUUCGUUUGAUUUCAUCCAUUUAUUUUCAAUUUUCAAUUAUCAAUUUUCAAUUUAUCGAUUCGAUAGCUUUUAAUGAACUCUACAUUUUUGAAUGUGGCGUCUACACUAGCGAGCUAAAAACCAAACUACUUUUAAGCGAAACCAUUCGAAGUUAGCCUAGUUAAGCAGAAGAAACAUCAGAUAAUUCCAUGCAUCCAUUAAAUCAAUGUUCACAACUAAGAGUCAAACUAUUUAUUAAAUGUGCUAACUAACAAAACCGAAAGUCGAAUAUAUGUGUUGAAACCAAGCGAAACGAAGAAAACCUAAAAUUGAAAUGGAAAUGCAAAUGCAAAAGCUAAGCAGAGAGAACAUAAUGUGUGUAAAAUAUAUUUAAAUGAUUAUAAAUGAAAUCUACAUGUAAAACGAUCGCCUUGUGAGGGCAUAUUGUAAAUGGUGGUGAAAUUGCAUAAAAAUAAACAAAAACAGUGUUAAUUUUAAAAA